AUGUUACGUGAUCAAUAUGGUAUUGCUAGUACAGUGGCUAGUAUGAGAAAUAUAGAUUUUUAUCCUUUGUUAUCAUUGUUGAAUAUUGGGGAAGAUUUAACUACAUUUGGUUUGAACAUGAAUUCCCCUAAAAAUAUUUGUCCAAAUUUUGCUGGUCCGUAUCAUAAUAGUUAUCUUGGACCAAACCAUAUUGAUUAUGAUGUACCACCUGAAUACAGAAUUCAAGAUAAAAUUAAGAAUAGGUUGGCUCCGAUCAAAUUGGACCAAUAUGAUGAUUCGUCAUUAUUCUACAUAUUUUAUAGUCAUCAUUGUGAUUUUAUACAAUUAUAUGCAGCUGAUGAGUUGUAUGCACGGAACUGGCGUUUUCAUACAGAACUAGGUGUAUGGAUCACAAAUGUCCCAGGAAUGAAUUUGUUAGAUACAUAUACAGAAUGUGAAGAGGGCACUUUUUAUGUAUUCGACACAGAGAAGUGGCGUCAAGUUCCAAGGCAAAUGAUAUUAGAUUGCAGUAAAUUAGAAAGACGUUUCAAGAAAAAAUAA